AUGCACGCACCCAGCCGCAUGCAGACACUUAUCAGAAAAACUUAUCUGUUUGUCCUGGCCAUGAACAGUCUUGACAAAGGCAUCCCGAUCAGUGUAGCCCCAGUUAAGUACGCUGAUGACCUGACAAACACAGAACUUCUCAUGGGAUCGCUACCAGGCCAAAUGCAACUUGCCAUCAAUGAAGUUGACUCUUGGGCGAAGUCCUACAGUAUGGCAGCUAAUGUGAAAAAGACCAAAGACAUGGUGGUCAGCUGUCGUAAGGAGGCAGUGAACCCCCCUCCACUUACUUUGAACGGGGAGAACGUAGAGCGUGUGCGGAGGUUCAAACUCCUUGGAGUGAUAGUCAGCGAUGACUUGUCCUGGGGCCCACACAUUGAGUACAUGUUGUCGAAAGUCAGCCCCAGGAUUCACUACCUGCGACUGUCCAAACGAGCCGGGCUACCAGCAGACGUACUUCUCCAGAUCUACAAGACAUUCAUCCGCCCAGUACUGGAGUACGGCUCACCGGUGUGGGGAGGUCUACCCCGCGGUCUGGCUGAAGAGCUGGAGAAAGUCCAGAGUCCUGUUGCAGGAUCAUCGGUAUACCCUACGAACAGCUACCUACCUUGGAGUCCCGGAGACGGGAUGCGACUGUACGUGAACUGA